AUGUCCUCCUGGGAUCCGAUUCCACAGGACAUCAAACUGCAUGGACGCCUCACACUACGCUUCCAUCCCUAUUUUUUCAAUGUCGGCAUCAAUGAACAGCAGACGCUUGCGGAGAACCUCCAGAUUCGGCUCAUGGGCAUGACAGUUCCACUAGGUGGCGUGGCUUUGGUGCUAUCGAAAUCUCGCCUUGCAGUCAGAAAUGGCCUCACUAAUUUCGUAUCUGUGAUGCUGACUCUUUUCAGAAGCUAA